AUGCGUGCUCCACAGUUGGAUGUUUUAUGCCAAUUUGUCAUAGCCUGGAAUGAUAUUGACGCAGAGACAGUAGUCAAGUCUUUCAAGAAGUGUGGAAUAUCAAAUUCAUUCGAUGGUAUGGAGGACGACUACUUGUGGCAAGAUGAAGAGGAAGCCGGAGCUGAGAGCACACCAUCUAAUACGGAAUUCGAUCCAUAUGACGACUGCCUUUCACAUGUAUCACAAAAUGUCAUUGAUGAACUUAUGAUAUCAGAUGACGAACAGGAGGAUUUUGAAGGCUUUUAA